CCCGUGUGCGGCAAGCACUUCGACCUGCAGCGCAUGCUCAACCGCCACGUCAAGUGCCACAGCGGCGUCAAGCGACACGUGUGCCCCUUCUGCGCCAAGGGCUUCAACGACACCUUCGACCUGAAGCGGCACGUGCGCACGCACACGGGUGUGCGCCCCUACAAGUGCCAGGCGUGCGACAAGGCGUUCACGCAGCGGUGCUCGCUCGAGUCGCACCUGCACAAGAUUCACAGCUUGCGGCAGCUCUACUCGUUCAAGGAGCGCCGCUCCAAGCUGUUCGUGUGCGAGAUCUGUGGCUUCACGGCCAGCGACCCGGAAUCUUACCACGACCACCUUCGCCUGCUGCAUCCCGACAGCGCCGCGCUGCGUAAGCAUCGACGCAGGGCAAUUAUCACCGCCAGCGGCUCCCCUUCCUCCUCCUUGUCAUCCACCACCACCACCACCACCGCCACCGCCUCCCCCUCGCCCCCCUCCUCCUCUUCCACCACCGUCACCGCUGCCCUGGCUGCAGAGUACACCGGCGCGCAGGCUGGGAAGUGACGGUGUUCAUUGCAGCGAACGAAGUUCAAAAAGUGAAAAGUCAAGAGUGAUGAUAUUUUUUCCCAUGUCCCGUUCACAGCCCCCCGAGCCGGUGGUAGAAAUUCCACGUUUGCUAUGGUGGGUGGGAGUGAGUUGCUGCAUCCGAGCAACCACUGUUGACUUUCCCACAAAGUGGUGCACACUUUAUCACACGCGGAGAAAACCCCACGCGUGCGAGGGGGAAACGCUCUAUCCCACACAGACGGGACAGAUGAUAUGAGGCCGCGCGCUCUGCUGUAACCGCUUUCUCCUGACAAGCUGCGGGAUAGUGGCUCCUCGACGCCCACGGGACGGGAAUUUCGCAACAUCUGUGUGUGAUCCACCAACCCUGGUUGCAUGCUGCUGCCUCCACAGUGCUGGAUUACAGGCCACGUGCGACGUAGCCACUGCCGCCCGGCAAACCAAGGCUAUGACUAAAAUAUAUUUGCAAAACAAAAAAAACCGAUGCUGACUAAAAAUAACACUAACGAAGCUUGUUUGCCGGUUGGUUUUAUUUCGGGUGAAAUAAUUGCGCGCGUUCGGAAACCUGUGCGGGAGUGACUGUGUCAUCAGCUGGCGAACAAGGAAGGCACACGUGUGUGUCGGUGUACGCCAGUCCACUGCUGGAUGACGGCCUGCCUGCUUCUCUACACGGUGUGGGUUCGUGGGUGAUCCUCGACUAUACUUCAGAACGCUGGACAGCACGGGUUGGGUGCAGUGGUGCCCAUAAUCGGCUCGGAUAUCACUCACCACCGAUGGUAGCCGUGGUCAGCAAUGGA